UCCUGGAGGCGUUGGUAUCCCUUCUGACCGCUCCAACUCCCAUCUGGGACGUCGUGCUGCGCGUGCGCAGUCGUGCCUUUCCGUUUCGGCCUCAUUUCCACGUCCCCCCUCCCUCCCGGAGUCGCCAACGGUUUUCGAACGUUGGGGUGCGAACGUUCGAAACUCCCCCGCCCUCCCCCGUAGAGCUCGGUUGCGCCUGCGCAGAAGGGCGCUUGGGGAGGCGAUGAGCACUGGGGGCGAGGUGCGGAAGCCAUGGCGGGCCCGGAAGACCAUGGCCGUGAGCAAUCGCAGCCAAAUGGAGGCCCUGAAGAAGGCAAAGGGAGGAGGAGGAGGAGGAGGAGGAGGAGGAGGAGGAACAGGAGCAGCGUUGGUGGCGGUGGCUCCCAAGGGCCCCUCAGGUGCAGAGGGCCCCGAAGCUAAUCCGUUCCUGGAUGCCAGCUCUUUGCAGGACCUCCUGUGCCGCUGGUACAAAGAUGAGGCCCAGCACCCGCUCUGCCCAUCCCUGGAAGUCCAGCCGGAGGUCCCUCCUCCCGCCGGAGAGGCGCCAGUCUUUGCGAGGGUGACCGAAGUUGGAGAGGCGGCUCUGGGCAAUACCAUUCAAGACGUUCACCAGAGGAAGAAGAGGCCACGGCUGGAAGAGGGCAAGGAGGCCUUUCCCAAACCCUUGAGGCCCUCGGAUGCCGGAGCGGAGAGAUCAGAUACAAGGGAAUCAGAGGUGACAAAGGUGAAAGGCUUCAUUCAAGAGCAGCUGGCCAUUUCGAUGGAGGCUCUGGACCACCGGAUCCAGGAUUUGGACAAACGGAUUGACCGCACACAGUGCCUCCGGAAACAUGAAGGCAUCAGCAUUAAAAUCGUGAAGCGAAUCUCUAGACUGGACAAACACCUCAACCGGGCAAUAACCAUAUUGUCUUCCAAAAUCAAGGGAUCCCAUUCCCAGAACCAACCACCAAAUGGCGGGACAAAGAGCAAAGCGACACCGUCCAAAGAGCCACCCUCAAACCCCAGGGAAAUCUCUCGCAAAGCCGCUGAACAAUUGGAUGAUGUGGUUUGCCUGGACGAAGUGAGCCAAGACUCCACCAUGCAAGCUGUAAAUCCUACAGAUGUUGGGCAGAAGGAAACUUCUGCUAAUGUGGACGUUUCUGCCGCAGCGCCACGCAGCUCCCAGAACCUCUUUGUGAUCGACCUCACGGAAGAAGAAAACAAGCUUCGCAAAGACAAAGAAGCAAAGAGACAUUCAACAGAACAGAGUCGGACGUUGAACCCUCCCCAGCCUUUGCUAGAGGCAUCAAACCAGGGCCCAGGAGACUUCUCCCGCCUGCCUCCCUUGCCAAAGGCCCGUUUGCAUCCCGGCCCGGCGGAGCGCUUCCAGGGCACGCUCCCCCCGCAGAAGCUGACGCUGGCGGUGGCCAGCCUGGAACGGCCCAAAGGCACUGCCCUCCGAUGGGGCGUCCUGGACCCGGACCCCCGCUGUGCCACCGUAGAGAGCUUCCACCUCUUCCUCUGCCAGGAAGAAGGCGGCACUGGCGGUAGUAGGAGGGGCACCCUGUCUGCUUGGAGGGAGACCCACUGCAUCCCGGCCGUCUCGCUCUCCAUGGCCUGCUCCCUGGCCGACUUUCCCCCCUCUACCUGGUGCUACUUCGCCAUGCGGGCCAGGGACGUCUACGGCCGAGAGGGGCCCUUCAGCGAGAUUCGCUCCGUCUUCACCACAUAGGCACCGAGGCACGCUUCUCCGCCAUUUCACCAUUCAAGGUUCCUCUUUCCACUGUCAGUGUUCUGAGUUGAGGUUCUUUAGGGAGCGCGAGGUCAUGUUGUUGCUGGCAACGUUGUCGCCGUCGAGUUCACUCUAGGGUUUAGUUUGAACUUUAAAAGGUGGCGGGACUCUCACCCGCUUUCCUCUAAAGAAAUUCAGAGUGAAACCCAAAGCGGACCAGAACUCUUACUUCCCCAAAGACAUCUAAGUCGAUGAUAACUGGAGCCCAUGUUGCAUGAGAUGCCUUUCAAGAAGUAAGAGUUUAAUUCAGCUCAAAUUAUAUGCAUCACCCAGAUUCUGGGGACAUUAUUUCUUUGGUGCUAUAAUGCCCAACAUUCUCCAGGUGUUGGGGAAUAGGGGAUAUGUAGUGCACAAAUGUAAUUGGGAUAGAGGUGAGAAAUGUGAAGCAUCCAUCUGCUGAUGCGGAAAGAAAGGUGCUUCGUUUUGUUUUGUUCCUUAAAGUGCCUUUUAAGUUGGGGCUCCUUGCACCUUCGAGCAAAGCAACCAAUGCACAGUAAGCUAAAAACCAAAGAGAAAGACUGAACGGUUUAACUGAGUCGCCUGGCCUGUGAUUCGUGCUGAAGUCUUGUGCCAGGCCCAACAUUCUCAUCUUGUGGCCUUUGGUCCUCCAAAGUGCCACUUUCAAUGAGAAUAAUACCAGGGUGGUUUUGCUCAAAACCUAGAAAUGUUCAUAAAUGUGAAUAUUAUAGUACUGGUUAAGUUAAAUGCUGUAUGUAUCCCUUAAUAAAUGUGUUCUGCCUCCAUAA